AUGGUAUCCAUCGUUUUAGGAAGUCAAUGGGGAGAUGAAGGAAAGGGAAAGAUCACGGAUAUGCUGUCGCAGCAGGCGACUCUUUGCUGCCGUGCUGCUGGUGGCCACAAUGCCGGUCACACCAUUGUUCACGAGAACGUCACCUACGAUUUCCAUAUCCUCCCCUCCGGCCUCGUUUCUCCCUCAUGUAUCAACCUGAUCGGCGCCGGCACCGUUUUCCACGUCCCUAGCUUCUUUAAGGAGCUCAAGUCGCUCGAGGAGAAGGGCCUCUCUUCUGCUGGCAAGCGCAUUUUCGUCUCCGAUCGCGCACACGUCUGCUUUGACCUGCACUCCGUUGUUGAUGGUCUGGAGGAGGCUGGUCUCGGUGGCCGUAAGGUCGGCACCACCGGUAAGGGCAUCGGUCCCUGCUACAGUGACAAGGCCGCCCGCCGCGGUGUGCGUGUCGGCGAGGUGUUGGACGAGGAGACCUUUGAGCGCAAACUUCGCGCCUUGAACACUUCGUACCGUGCCCGCUUCGGUGACAUCUCUUACGAUGUUGAGGAGGAGAUUGCGCGGUUCAAGGAAUACCGUACCAUGCUCAAGCCCUACAUCGUUGACCAGCUCGAGUUCUUGCAAGAGCACAAGAACUCACCCAACAUACUCGUCGAGGGUGCCAAUGCCUUGAUGCUGGACCUGGACCACGGCACAUACCCAUUUGUGACCUCUUCAUCAACGGGCUUGGGUGGCGCCGUGCAGGCUCUUGCCUUGAACCCGUCUAGCAUCAAGAACGUCAUUGGUGUUGUAAAGGCCUACACUACCCGGGUCGGUUCUGGCCCAUUCCCGAGUGAGCAGCUCAACGAGGAUGGUGACAAGCUGCAGAGCGUGGGCCGUGAAUUCGGUGUCACCACUGGCCGUCGCCGCCGUUGUGGCUGGCUGGAUUUGGUCCUGUGCCGCUACUCGCACGCUAUCAACCACUACACCGCGCUCAACCUGACCAAGCUCGACGUUCUGGAUGACUUCGAUGAGAUCAAGGUUGGUGUCGCCUACGUCCUGCCUGACGGUAAGCGUACCACAUGCUCGUUCCCUGCGGACCCCAACGUUGUCGAGAAGAUCAAGGUCGAGUAUGUCACUCUGCCUGGAUGGAAGUGCAACACCAUGGGUGUCACCCGCUAUGAGGACCUUCCUGCCAACGCUCGCGCCUACAUCGAGUUCAUUGAGCGCGAAAUCGGCGGCGUUCCGGUCAAGUGGAUCGGCACUGGCCCUGCCCGAGAGCACAUGAUUGCCCGCGAGUAA